CUUUUUCUACAGGAAGACUGGUCUUCAUCUCAUAGCUUAAGAUUAUACACAGAUGCUGCUCAGAGCAGUGGCUUCGGUAUACUUUUCGGUGAUCAAUGGGCAUAUGGCACAUGGCCGGAGAAAUGGAAGAGAUAUAACAUUUGCUUUCUCGAAUUCUUUCCUAUUGUAAUUGGGCUUAGUAUGUGGUGUCAGGAAUUACGAAACAAACGGGUUCUUUUCAUGACCGAUAGCGAAAGCUUAGUGCAUGUCAUCAACAAACAAACGACCAAAGAUGCAAUGUUGUUGGGUCUUUUGCGCAAAUUAGUACUGGUGUGUUUGCAAAACAACAUUUUAUUCAAAGCGCGUCAUAUUCCCGGAGUUAAGAAUGCAAUGGCUGACAGCUUGUCUCGUUUGCAGGUGGGCAAAUUCAAAACCAUAUCGAGGGGUACAGGUAUGCAAACAUCUCCAACACAGAUUCCGGCGCAUCUGCUUCCAGAGAAUUGGGAAGUAGGUUAAAGCAAUUGUUAGAAGCAAGUUUAAGUUCGUCUUCGGUGCGUACAUACCAGCGCCCAUGGCAGCUCUUAUACCAUUUUCAGCAAGAUAGGUUGGGAUAUCAAGGCCCAGUUUUUCCUCUCUCGAUAAACACUUUAGCACUCUUCAUUGCCUUUCUAGCGGAACAGAAAUAUGCAGCCUCUACUGUCUUGACUUACAUCUCGGCCGUGAGCUAUCCGCAUCGCUUAGCCUCCCUAACAGAUCCAACAAAGGCAGACAUGAUACAAAUAGCGCUUAGGGGUUACAGUAAGCUCAACCCAUCAUUCGAUGUGCGUUUACCAAUUUCACUGCCAAUACUGGAGAACAUUAUAGCGGCCAGUGAUCACACACAGUCUGCAUUAUAUUACAGAAAGAUGACUCAAGCAAUGUAUGCCUUUGCCUUUUUCGCAGCAUUGAGGGUUGGGGAAUUGACAUACCGUACUCAUCAGUCCCAGCGCAAUUUAAUCCUUUUGAAUCAAAUUACAUUCAUGGAAACUAGGGAAGGAUCAAUUAGUGCUAUUAAGUUAACCCUGAGAAAUUACAAGCACAGCGAUACUUCAAAGCCCGUAGAUAUUUUUCUUUACAGAGAACACCCUGUCUGUCCUGUUUCAUUGCUGCUAGCAUAUUUGAAUCUUCGGGGCAAUUUCCCUGGCCCUCUUUUUUGCUGGCCUGACGCUUCCCCUAUUUCUCGUUCGUUUUUCACAUCUGCACUAACUGCAGCUCUUAAUUUUUGCAAUCUUGAUGUCUCCAAAUAUAAGUCUCAUAGUUUCAGAAUCGGAGCAGCCUCAUGGGCAGCAGCAAAGGGCUUCUCGGAUGCCCAGAUUAGAAGUUUUGGCCGGUGGAAUUCUAACGCUUUCUUACGAUAUAUCAGAAUAUCUUCGCUGCCCACAUGA